UACUGAUGCAGUCCGAAGCCCAGGGCCUCACACCUACUGGGCAAACUCGAGCACUGAGUUGCACCUUCAGCUGGAUCCUGGUUGAUGAAGUUGCCCCAUACCACACAACUGGAAUAUUUCUGUAGCUGGGGGUGGUACUUGAUGCUAGUUAUUUGUUUACAGGUAGCUUUUGAAAAUGGCUGCCUCUCAUUACUCCGGGCUUACAGCUGUUGCUGAUGUCAUUAAAGAUCUAGACACUCAGAUAGCAUUGAUUGGCCUUGGUCCUCACAGCUCCAAAAAGAAGCAGGAUCUUGAUAAACUCUAUGAGCUGAAGUCCAAAGCUCGGCAGAUUAUGAACCAGUUUGGCCCCUCAGCCCUAAUCAACCUCUCCAAUUUCUCAUCUAUAAAACCAGAGCCGGCCAGCACCCCUCCACAAGGCUCCAUGGCCAAUAGCACCACUGUGGUAAAGAUACCAGGCACUCCUGGGGCAGGCGGUCGGCUUAGCCCUGAAAACAAUCAGGUAUUGACCAAGAAGAAAUUACAAGAUUUAGUCAGAGAAGUGGAUCCUAAUGAGCAGCUGGAUGAAGAUGUGGAGGAGAUGUUGCUGCAGAUCGCCGAUGAUUUCAUCGAGAGUGUGGUGACAGCGGCCUGCCAGCUUGCUCGGCAUCGCAAGUCUAGCACCCUAGAGGUGAAAGAUGUCCAGCUGCAUCUAGAGCGCCAGUGGAACAUGUGGAUCCCAGGAUUUGGCUCUGAGGAAAUUCGACCCUACAAGAAAGCUUGCACCACAGAAGCUCACAAACAGAGAAUGGCAUUGAUCCGGAAAACAACCAAGAAAUAACACAGGACAGUCAGGGAAUGGACGACAUGUACUUGGAGAUACUUGAGCUGAGACCUCAGCCAUCUCAUCCUUGGAUUUUUUUUUUAAAUGCUUUACAGAGAAGCAUAUAUUUUUUAUUAACAGUGCAGCAAUAUCUAUAAUGACUGAGAAGAUCUGCCAAAAGAAUAAAGCCUCCUACCCCAACUUCUGGUCCCUUUCCCUGCCAUCUCAAAGGAGGAGACUUUCCCUGUGGUUUAUCUUAUAAACGACUGACUGUAGGCAGAGUGGUGUGGUCAUGUUGGUGAGACAGUGUUAGCAGGUUUGUAGAGGGUCUGUCGCCUCCUCCCCUGUCCCCGUACUUUGUAAUGUCAGUGUUUCUAUGAAUAUGAACUUGAUUUGUUUUUCCAGAAUAAAGAACUUAUUAAUUGGAGACACAGGUGCCUAGCUGAGAGCCUUUGAAAUGCCAGGGAGGACCAGCAAGGCCGGAGCGCUGCCGUCAGCAGGUGGCAGCACAGGCACCAUCCCUACAGUUAAACAGGUUUUUCAGUUUUACUCCAAAGGAACGAACCAGCAGUCGGAGCUGGAGUUCAGUUUCUCUGCCACAGGACAGGGUGAACUAGCCCCAAAAUAAACAAGCAUCCUAGUUCUGAUAAUGUCAGUGUCCCUGGGACUUCUUUUUUUUUUUUUGGUGUUUUGAGGCAGGCUAUUGUGUAGCCCAGGCUGGUUUCAAAUUUGAUGUAUUGCUGAGGCUAUCCUUGAACUCGCCCUCCAGCCUCCACCCCUCAGUGUGCUGAGAUUACAGGUGUGCAUCAUCACACCUGGCUUUCUAGAGCCCUUUGGGACCUCUUCUGGAACUUCAUGAAAGAUCAUAUUCAUCCUUGGCACUGAGGAAGGAUGUGAGUAGCUUUGGGGAAAGUCUUGUUGCUGGGAUUCUGUCCUCACAGGAAAGCAGGCCUAUCUAGACCACAGAGUGUUCCUCCACGGCAUCGUCCUGACCCGUGCCCAGCACAGUCCUUGUGGAUUGUGAAGGGUCCAUGGCUCCGGGGAGGAUGGCCGCCCUUCCUUCCGCCCUUCCUUCUGCCCAGGGGCCACAGCACAGGCGCAUCAGCCUUUGGUCCCUGCUUUGAACCUCUCCUCCUGAGGCUUGGUCCACGAUGGGACGGAGUUUGUAGAUCGCUUGGGUGAGCAGCUCGAAGGCCAUGCUGGUGUUGCUGUUGGUCUCGGCUGAGGUGUCGGCCUGGAAAGUCUGCAAGAGGACAGCCAGCUUCUUCACUGGUCACACCUGACACCGAGCUCACCCUGUGGCCUGGCACCAGGAGGAGGAUCUUGGAGGGUAUUUCCUUUCUCCAGAGCCUGCUGCCCCCAGAGAUGCUCUCAGAGGAUGCUCUGUCAGUGACAUCAAUCAGCAGAAAGCUCCCACGCUGUCCUAAUAGGAGCUAGUCACUGACUCCGGCAGCCAAGAAGGAAUCUGGAAUGACUCUUGACAGAAAGGGACAAGGGGAUUGGGGAAGUACAAUGGACAGAAGUGAGGUACUCACAAGAUGUCAGUUCUUGAUCAGCUGUGUGACAGGUAGGUGGCUUCUUCUGUCUCGGUGUUACUGUCCUGUCAGCACGUUGAAGGGCUGUUCUGUCUCUAUAAGCUGUGCCUCCACUAGGCAAGAGCCACGAUAAUGAAUUAAAACAAGCCCGGUGUGCCGCUAUCAGAGGAGGCGGCAAAUUCGAGAAAGGCUAGGGUCACAGCUGGAGGAGGGAGAGAGUCUCAGGUUCCCGAGAGUGGUCUUUGUCCAGAAGUAAUAGCCAUUGAAGCAUUUUAUACAGUAAUGGAAUGUGCAAAGGCCCAGUGCUCUCCAGAAGGCAGUGUACCUGGAGCUAGGGAUGUAGUUCAGUGGUAGAGCCCACGCUUAAUAUAGCAAGGUCCUGGUUUCCAUCCCAGGAAUUAAAAAAUAAAAAGACUGCGUCAAGAUGGGAACCACACAAGGUACAAGGUCAGAGAGUACGUACAGAUGGAAGAAAGGGGGCAUGGAGUGGGCAGCCCUCAGACUCAGUGUGUGGCUUCAUCCUGCUCUCCCAGGCAUCUGGAGUCCUUGCUUCAGUGUGGAGCAGGCUGCUCUUGACUUCUACCACAUUCGCUUGAAAGACUGCAGUAGACAAGACGAUAUGGCCCGUUCUGCCUCCCUGGUACUGUUGCAGUGUGAACAAGGCAUGGAGGGAGCAUUGUGGAGCAUUGUCUUCUAAGUACGGCAUGGUUGAUACCACCUGUGUAUACAUGCAUGUUUGUGUGUCUGUGGAGGCCAAAGAAAAACCUCGGGUGUGUCAUCGCCCCACUGUAAGACUGGGUCUCUCCAUGGACUUGAACUCGCCAAUUAGGGUAGAGCAGCUGGCCAGUGAGCCCCAGGGAGUCUCCUGUCUGUCCCUCCCCAGCGCUGGGAUUACAAGGGUGUACCACCACAUCCAGCAUUGAUACAGGCUCUGGGCGUCCAGCUCAGGUCCUCCUGCCUUCUCGACGAGCACUGAGCUCUCUCUCCAGCCCUGGUUGCCAGCUUGAUUGUUUAGGUGUUAUCUUGACAAAAAAAACAAAGAUAAAACAGGUUUAUUGUCUACACUGUCUACACUGCCAGGGCAGCAGGCUGGGUGAUAAGUAGCGUACCUAGUACCUUUUGAGACAGGCUCUCCUAUAGCCCAGGUUGCUAACUGAAUUUGGUAUAUGGCUAAAGAUCCAGCUGCCUCCCUCUCCCAAGGGCUGGGGUUACAGGUGUGCACUAUCAGCCUUGCAGGCUGUCACCAGCGUCCUCAGAGCAGCUGUGACUGUCUACAAGUGCCGCUCAUAAGAUCCUGUCUGUUAAUGUUCCCUCAUAGAGGGAAGGACUGAGGAGAGUCAGUGGACCUUCAGCUAGGGUUCUAACCUGUCUCCCAGCAAGCUGCAUGUAAUUCCGCCCCAGCUACAUGUGGUUUUGGGGGAGAAUACAGAGUGUGGAAGGCCAGCUGAAGGGGAACGCCAUCCCUGUUGCUUUGGAGAGAUUGUCACCAUGUUGGGGUGGGACUUUUCAGUGAUACAGCUGUUUGGGGGUCACCCACGCUCCUCUAAGUAAGCCCAAUAAACUCACUGGUUCACCAAGA